AUGAGAGAAGGACGGAAACGAUUGAGAGCCGAAGUAAUGCAAGUGGCUGAGCAGGCCGGAAGAAAAGGGGAAAUAACAAAGGUAAUCAUCUUCUCUACAGACGACGGAACGCACGUAAAAGGGCCACAUAACGAUGCGUUGGUGGGGGAAGCGAUCAUCAACAACUUCCUAGCGAUAAAGCUGCUAGUAGAUGAGGGAAGUGCAGUAAAUCUGAUGACAUGGGAAACAUACAAAAGGAUCGGGGGAGAACUCGGAAAACUCAAACACUGUCCGGUGCUGAUGAUGGGACUCGGAGGAACUCCCAUCCAACCUAGAGGGUUGGCAGAGAUGAUUAUAGAGUUCGGAAGGGGAGAAAAAGAGACAAAGGAAGUCAAAACAUUGUUUUCGGUCGUGGACAUGCCACUUUCCUAUAACGGAAUACUGGGGAGGCCAUUCCUGUACGACUCCGGAGCAAUCACUAUAGCAUCUGCUACCCGAUAA